AAAAUAUUCCUUUAGUUGUAAACUUUUGACCGACAAUAAUGAGCGAACCUGAUAUACAGUUUCUGAAAUCACAAUUAUCAAUUGCUAGGAAUGAAAUCAAAAACCUCAGACAACAAAUAACUAAUUUACAACAUGUGCAACAAAAAGACGUCGAAAAGAUUAGAUGUGCUUUGGAAAAUUUCGAAUGUUCAUCAUGUGCACUAAAGCGUGAAAAUCGACCAGGCCCGGAUGAAGCUGAAAAUGGCCACAAUGAGCCCGAAAACUCCUAUAUAAUGUUCACACCGAUAGGUGUGAUAAAAACAAUAUUCCUGGAGAAGAGGGCUGUUCCGCGCCAGGCUAGCGUAGCACCGAAACUUAUGAGCCGUAUUCAGAUAAAUCCAACUGUUUUCAACAAUCCGGAGCACUCCUUGGAAGGCUUGGAGAAAUUUUCGCACAUUUGGAUUAUCUACCAUUUCCAUCGCAAUCGUGCCCAUUUGAAGGCGAAGGUGGCACCUCCUCGUCUGAUCGGUGAGAGAGUUGGAGUUUUCAGCACCAGAUCUCCCCAUCGACCGUGUUCGAUUGGUCUCUCACUUGUCCAGCUGGAUAGAAUCGAAGAUGCCACUGUAUAUUUCUAUGGCACCGAUAUGGUGGAUGGUACGCCAGUUCUAGACAUAAAACCAUACAUACCACAAUAUGAUGUUCCGAUGGCGAAGUGUGAAAACCAUUUGUUCAGCUCUAGGGAAGCACCGGAUGGAGAAGAAAACACGAAAGAACCUGUGGUUUCCACAUCGAAAUUGGGAAACCCGGCGGAUGGCGUGACAGUCCCGAAUUGGAUAGUGAAUAAUUAUCACUUGAAUGUCGUUUUCAAUGAAAAUGCAACGCAACAAGUGAACGAGUUGAAUAUCGAUAAGAAAUCUAUGGUUGAUGUCCUCAAAGGGGACCCUCGCUCCGUUUAUCUACGAACGAAAUAUGGAUCUCAAAUAUACACUUUCCAACUUGGGGAUAAUACGGUCACAUGUAAAUUUGAUGAUCAAAACUCAACUGUAACCGUUUUGCAAAUCAGAAAAGUUGUGAACUUGAGUGAAAUCACAAAUGAAGAUGAAUGUGAUAAGACUGAAUGACAAUGCAUUUAUCGACAGUGAAUGCAAAUUCCAAUAUUUUGAUUCAGUUCUAUGAUUUUGUCUAUGUUCAGAUAUUUAGUUGCUCAAUGUCCAGAUGUUCAAUGAAAUAAACUGGCGAUUGAGCAGGAAUAAAAACAACCUCAAAAAGAAAGAAAACUGUCCCGAGCGCUAGAUUUGCUAUUUGAAAUAAUGGGUCCUAAUAUGUAAAUCGAAUCGAUAAGUCGAUUCAAUCACUAUCACAUAGAGCUAAAUUUUCGUAUUUUAUAAAUCGAGACAAUCGCUUACCGAGUUCGAACUUCAUGUCUUCAAUAUUGCAUAUAUUUCAGCGUUUCUGAAACGUUUCCCAAAGAAAUUGUAG